GAUAGAGGCGUUGAUCACUUUUUUGUCAGCAACAUCUCAGCCCAAUUGCGUAUAAAGAAUUUUGUAAAUCCUCCAUUAGUAUUUGAAAAAUCUCCGCCUCUAUUUCCGCCAACAUUGAAUUCCACCGAUAUUUUGAAUACAAAUCACUUGAACGAAAAUCGCACGAUACUCCUCAGUUGCCAAUCGACCGAAGAAUCGAAUGUGAAAAUGUUAUGUGCUUUGAAUGAUUUGUCUUUGUCCUGUGGACUACAGCCCGGACAAAAUAUAACGCUGGAAUUAAGCUAUGACGUCCAAUGGGGAAACGUUCAAGACCUGAUGGCGAACAAUGCAGAAUACUUGGCUCAUGUUGCUAUGGUGAAUUUAAAACCUAGUGCAGAAGUAAAUGGGUAGGUAUUGAGUUUUAAAAAUACA